CAUAAAAUUCUAAGGAAUCUAAGUUGCAGAAUUCUCGUCUAAUCGUCGGUUGACUACGAGAUCUUUUCGAGAGAAAAUAGUGCAUAUCUCUGGCAGAAUAUAGGACUCUAAGCUACAAAAAACUAAAGCAUCACAAUGCAUGUGUGUGAAUAUGCUAAGCCUCCAGAAACACUAUCUUCACUCAUUUCCCUCGCUACCCUUCUACCUCGUAGUAUGCCUCUGGCCACUACACGUGAUGGCAACAGCUAGGGAGGUUAUGAUACCAAUAGGGGUACUUCUUGAUUUGAACUCUCCAAUUGGAAGCAUGGCUAAUAGCUGCAUAUGGAUCGCAUAUCAUGAUUUCUAUGAGCAGCAUCCUGGCUUUCGAACCAGACUUGAUCUUCGAACAAGAGACUCUGACCGUGAUACAGUCACAGCAGCAUAUGCAGCCUCUGAUUUAAUAAGUAAGGAAAAGGUAAAAGCAAUUAUUGGGCCUCAAACAUCUGAACAAGCAAGGUUUGUGAUAAAUCUUGGGCGCGAACAUAACAUCCCCAUUAUCUCAUUCUCCGCCACGAGUCCAUCUCUCUCCGCAACCCGCACUCGCAUGUUCAUACGCACAGCACCAAACGAUUCCUCUCAGGUGAAAGCCAUAGCAGCCAUUGCGGAAUCAUAUGGCUGGCGCGAACUCAUCAUCGUAUACGAAAACACCGAAUACGGAAACGGCCUCGUCCCACAUCUCGUUGAUGCCUUGGAGGCAGUUGACACAAAAGUGCCUUUCAGAAGCGUCAUCGACCCCAACUCCGACGAGUCCCACAUCGUGGAGGAGCUCGAAAGGCUCAAGCAAAAGUCAAUAAGAGGGUGA